UGGGACAGCUCCACACAACAUCCUAACACCGACUAGAGAAACUAAUCCAAGCUACAAAUUCUCAACCAAAUACAACAGCACAGUAUUAUUUUCUAAACAUUACAGCAACUGUCAUGGAGGACAAACUAAAACAAUCUUUUUGCCACACCUGCUUGAGAACAGACAGUUUCAUGAAUAAGGUCAUAAAGAUGUACUGGUCCAUACGGAUGCCCAUAUGCAUCUUGUUUUUAACCCUGUCUGCCUUCGAUGUGGCUUCAGCCGAAACAUUAUGUGGUGGAGAGCUGGUGGAUGCCUUACAGUUUGUCUGCGAAGACAGAGGCUUCUAUUUCAGUCAACCAAGCAGGUCGAACAACCGCCAUGCACCACGUCGUGGGAUUGUGGAGGAGUGUUGUUUUAGCAGCUGCAACCUUGCUCUGCUACAACAGUACUGCGCCAAACCCGCCAAGUCGGAGAGGGACGUUUCAGCAUCAUCUCCACAGGUCAUCUCAGUGAUGCCGGCAUUAAAACAGGAGGUCCCAAGAAAGCAUGUGACCGUCAAAUAUUCCAAAUACGAUGUAUGGCAACGGAAGGCCGCCCAGAGGCUACGGCGGGGCAUCCCGGCCAUCCUGCGAGCCAAGAAGUUCAGGCGACAAGCGGAGAGGAUCAGGGCCCAGGAGCAACUCCACCACCACAGGCCUCUCAUCACGCUUCCCAGCAAGCUGCCACCCAUCCUGCUUCCCACAGAAAACUAUGUCAGCCACAAGUGAAACCAGGAGCUUUUGCACAGAGUUGAUAAAAAAAGACUAGGGGAUCAAAGCUUUUUGUCUCUGACGUCAUUUCUGUGGCAGUCCUCUACAACCCACCUUCCUUCCCAACCAGACAUGCUCACAUGCUCUUCCAGUUUCUAUUCUUGCUGUUUCAUUCACCAACGAAAAGACACGUCGAAAAGCAGAGGAAAAAUGCUGAAUGCUAUUCAGGCGAAGAAGCGAAAGAAAGACGCGGACGUUUUGCCGUUGCCGACAGUUCGGAGGACAUCGGAACUUGAGGAACAGCUAGCAUGAAAGAACCCAUUCCACUGCAUUCCCCUGAGAUGAAAGUAUCUCUCUUUUAGUCAUUUUACACAUUAGUUUGCACCUCUAACUAUAAAGGGACAUCCACACUGUAAGGAAUUGUUGUUAAAUUAGAUUCCUGUUCCAGCACCUUGUAAUCACAGAUGAAAUGCAGAGGAGAGUCUGCGAAUUGCACAUCGCCACGGAUUACGUCAAAGUUCUUGAUAAGUAAAUAAAAAAGGCACUAUUUUUUUAUGGACUAUGAACGUGUAGCUUAAAAAAAUGUCAUGGUGCUAGCUUUGGGAACGGACUCAGAGGAGAAGGGGGGAAAAGCACGUUUUCUUUUCUUUAAAAAAUUAUUCAACUUUCCGUUUUAAGGAAAGUGUGACUUUUGAAGGUGAACACAAGAACAUUUUGGCUGCAGAGGAUAUCGCUGCAUGCAGCUGUGUCUGUUGUUACAGAAGACAUGACAUGAGGUAUGGCCUUUGGUCCCAUCGCUGCUGUCGCAAUUGAAGGAAGGAGCGGCAUAGGGACUUUAACGAGAACAUGUUGAAACGCACGGAGACGUUCUCUCCUCUCUAGCGUGGCUGCACAGAACCCCUGCGUUGCACUGCAGGAAGCGGGACAUUAUGAUUCUGAAAAAGUGGGAUGUUUGUAUUUUCUAUGUUCUUUUUCGCUUCGAGGAAAAAUGAAAAAAGGCCGGCCUUGGGUGUCUGGUAACGUGAAAUUCUCGUUGUUGCAAAAUAGGCUUUGUGUUUUUGUAACGUUAUUUACAGUUCUGAAGAAAGGCACAAAUAUCAAUUCAAAGGGAAAAAACGCAAUAAUGUCAACUAACAUAUAUUUUUAACGUUUAUCCGUACAGUAGUAUUCACAUGCUUUUGCCUGAAAACAAAUACUUGAAUAUAUAUAUAAAUAUAUAUGUAUAUAUAUAUAUAAUAAAUAUGAAUAUAUUAUAAUUAGUUUCCAGGGACAUCAUGUAAUAUUCUUUUAGUCUGAGCUGUAUCUUGCAUAAUGAGCCGCCAAGCUUCUCUUUUAUUUGUUUAAGUACAAAUAUGGGCACUGUAUAAAGGCAUUAUUUAUUUUGUUAUAAAAUUAUAUAUUAAAAUCGGUCCAAAUACAGUAAUACACUUAGCACUGAUGCUCAACUGACUGUUGUACGCUCUCUCUUUAUACCCAUUUUACAUGUUAAUGCUUUUGUAGAUGCUUUGUACCAAAAAAUAUUUGCUUUUUUUGGUUCACCACGGGGCUAUUUUCAAAUCAAUAUUUUAACAGCAGCUGUAGCCUGGAUCGCUUAGGCAUGUCGUAACACAAAAAUAGGCACAUUCUCGGAAGGUUUUUUCUCCCUCCAGCAUGGCUUUUUAAUCUGCCAAAUGGAUUUGACUUUUUGAGGUUUUAUUUUAUCGCAAGUAUUCGCAUACACGUGGUCUUAUAUACGACGGUUAUACACAAGCCACUACAGUUUAAAGCCACUUAUUUGUUUUAUAUCAUAAAUGUUGCUUCUCUGAAGUAUAGCACUGGGCUUUUGGGGGUUAAGAGGAGAUGAGGAGCCUGCAGGAGGUGUUGUCCCUGGUUCAACUUUUCCUCUUGUCACUGAGAAAUUAAACUGCAUCCAUACUGCAGAUUGAGAAACAAUCCACUAUGAUGUCAUGAAGGACUGUUGUCAAAGAAAACUGUUUAUCAAAGAGGAAAUAUCUCUAUACUUUCUUUAUGACCCACCAUCUUACAAUGCUCGAAAUCCUCUUAUUUCCGUUCAGUGGGUGUCUUUUCAAGUCCUCAAUGUAUCUCCAUCACAACUGAUGAAGGGCUACCGUAGUAAACCAUACUUCAAAUUGUUACCCCAAUACUCAGGAAAUAUAAGCGGAUAAAGCGUUUGCUUCAACAGUUGCUUCACGUAUUGCGGGUCUGGGACCAUUGCAAACUAAAACAAGGCCGUUUUUGUAGAUUCUCAGCAACAAGCCGAUGUGUUGUAUGUGCCCCAUUACAAGAUGAUGACAAUGAACCCAUAGCAUUGCUAUGCAGUGCCUGCAGUCUACCCGUCUGCCUUGAUAAUCGAAUAUUUAUCCAAUUUUUCAUAUUGGUCGUGAAAAGCAGUGCAAUUAUUGUAGUUAUCAUUAUCAUUGUUGUUAUUACUCGUACAUCCCAUAUUUCUGGAGACAUUUUGUUAUCACAUUAUAACUGCAAGGACUGCAUUCUCUGUCGUUUCCUUUCGAACCGGUUACUUCCAGUGUGAACGGCACGAGGGAAUAUGACCUUUUGCGCAAAAAUGAAGGGAUCCUUUUCAUCUGCAACAGUUUGAUAUCAGUAGCUCACGCAGCCUGUGUGUGUUUUAAUUGAUUUAACCUCUGCACGCUAGAAAGUCCGAAAUGCACAAUUCAUGUACAUUCAUUUUUAAUAUCAAUAAAAACCAUUUUAUCAAA